AUGUACACGUGUACCAGGGCUUGCUUCACGCUGCUGCUGGUGACCCGGCCGCUGGUGACCUCUUUGAGGUCGCCGGAGGCGCUCUCCGAGGCGAGGCUUCCGGAGCUCGCGGACGUCUUCCGCAUGUGCUCCGACUCGAAGGACAUUCCUGAAGUCCGCGACCUCGCGGUGUCGACGCUGCUCGCCACGUGGCAGGAGGAGGCGCAGAAGGCGCUCGAGCCGUGGGUGCCGUUCACGGACGCCGCCGGCCUGCCGUGCUUCCACAACUGGGUGACUGGGGAGUUCACGUCCAGUACCCUGCAUCUCUCCAUCCCCUACGGUUCUACAUGA